CAGUUAUUGUGCUUAAACAUAAGAGACCCGAGAAACAUCGAACACAGAGCAAAUUAUUCACUGAGAUCAUUAGCCACUUUUAUUCAAUUAUUUUUAUUUGUUUUCUGGGCAUUGUUGUUGACGCGCUCAAACAAUCUCCCUGUGAGUACGCCGCACAAUAACAAAUAUUGACUAUUUGGUCGCGUCAGGAUGAGCAAAAGUAAUAGAUUCAGGCAUGCCAACUUGGGUAUUUUUCUACGGGAAAGAAAGAGCUCGGUGGAUUCCGGCGCUAAGGAGGAAGACCCAGAGUUGCAGAAGAAACAUCAGGAAAUUAUCAUGAAUUUGUUGAAGGAUUAUGACCAAGAGGAGACGGAGAGAAGAUACCGUAGUCACUCCCCAUAUGAAUUUAAGAUUGAUCCACAGUCAUUUAGUAUAGACUGUGAGGAACAAGCUCGCAAACAUCAACGCCGUAUGAUCCAGCUGAUGGGGAGUGACGUCUUGAGACUUAGGGACAGCGAAUAUACUGCGGAACUCACGCGGCGGCUAGACAUUGAAUAUAAAGAGAAAUUAGCUCAAAAGGAACGUGAUCUGGCGGAGGGUGAAAGGCAGCGACUGCGUCACCUCAUGAUGGAGGGGUUGAUCGACAGUAUCGACAUCUAUGACAAAGAAGAAAGAAGCAGAAAGAAACAGAGCCAGCAGUGCCCUUGGCGCGCUAGUUCUAAGUCCAUAGAUAAGAGUGAUCAUACACAUCGAGUACGUUGA